CUUGAUCAAAACUUCUACCGCUUCUUUACUAAUUUCGUAUUGAAAAUGUCUUCUCUUUACCCUUCAUUGGAAGAUAUGAAAGUGGAUCAAAUGAUCCAGGCUCAAGCUGCUGUGAACGCUGCUCAACAGGCCCCAGCUCCUCCGGCUCUUCCUGCUGGUCAGGCACCAAUUCCUGGUAGCAUCCCAACCAAUCGGACUCCAAGCUUGUAUCCAUCGCUUCAGGAAUACAUGGGUCUCGAUUUGACUAAUGUCCCACCAGAAGUUCAACAGCAAAUGCUACCAACCAACGUCAAUAACCAAGUGGCCGUUCCAGCAAACACGAACCGACAAGUUGUUGCUCCAGUUAGCGGAGAUGCUGUCGGUAUUAGAAGGGCUGAGGUUAAACAAGGUAUCCGCAUGGUAAUCCUUGCUAAAGACAACAAGAACAAGCUUGGGUUGAGGGUUCGUAACGUCAAUAAUGGAAUCUUUGUGCAAUUUGUAAGUGCAAAUUCUGCAGCUGCCAUGGGUGGCCUUCGUUUUGGUGACCAAAUUUUGCAGAUCAAUGGUCAAAAUUUAGCUGGUCUCAGUACUGACAAAGCUAUGAAAUUUUUCAAAAAUGCUACUUCAGAUAGAAUUGAACUUGCAGUAAGAGAUAGGCCUUUUGAACGUACAAUCACCUUACAAAAGAAUAGCGAUGGUAAUAUCGGUUUUGUUUUCAAGAAUGGAAAGGUGACUCACAUCGUGAAAGAUUCAUCAGCUGCCAGAAAUGGUAUCUUGACAGAACAUAAUCUAGUCGAAGUUGACGGUCAAAAUGUUGUUGGUAUGAAGGAUAAAGAUAUUGGUAAGAUUUUCCAAGCAUGUGGUCGCACCGUAACCGUUACCAUUAUACCAACUUUCAUCUUUGAUCAUAUAAUGAAACACAUGGCAUCAAGCCUUGUCAAGAAGCAAAUGGAUCACUCAAUCCCUGAAAUAUAAUUUUUCCCGCCGCCGUUGUUAUAUGCUGUUCCUGCAGAAAUGGAUAUACAGUAGAUCUAUUAUGAUAGUGUUAGAAAUUUUUAUCCGGAGAAAUGCAGGAUAGUUUAGUUUAACCUCUGUAAAUGGCUCAUACAAUGGAACCGAUCUUAUAUACAGUAACUGAUAAAUUUUUUGGAUUAUAUAUUAACUUUUAAUAUAUAUGAGUAACAAUCUUGAUAAUUACCUUUAUAGAUAGAAUACGCGUAUACUGUAUUGAGUACUCAGUAUAAUGCAGUAACGCUCAGGUUGCUAUCGUGCUAGGUUAUUAGUAGGUAGUGACAGUAUUAUAUACGUAGAUUACAGUAUGUCAUUACACUGUCUGGUACCAGCUGUACAAGUAUGUUAUGUACCGCGCACUAUAAUGUAUAAUACAACUUUGAACCAAUAAAG